GAUGGUUCGUGUAGCGCGUAAAUCAAAUUCUACUAUUCGAACUCUUUUUUCUACGCCAUCAUCACAUUUUUUUAUACUUUAUAUCGAUCUUUAAAAGACGCGAGAAUAUUAUUAGCCCGUGCAAUUUUAUGAUUGAGGGGGUUAAUGUAUUCUUCUUUCUCUACAAAUGUUUGGCAGAGGUCUGGAAACGGCAAACACUAAUUCAAAAUCUUUUUCAUCGUCAGUGAAAGCUGCGUGUCUGGAAUGUCGACAAAGAAAAGUGAUUUGCAAAAUUGGAGAUAGUGCUCGUGCUUGUCAAAGAUGCGAAAAUAAUGGCUUACAAUGUAGAUUUGAGCCAACAAAUAAAAGAGGAAGAAAACAUAAAAAUCAAUCAACAGGUUCAUCAAUGGAUAAAAGGAAUGAAAUCAUAAGUUCAGGAAAUUCACCUUUACUUAAAUUUUCAUCUUCUUUCUCUCGAAAUAGAGACGCAGACAAAGAACAAAUGUCUAAUAAUGAAUUCGUGAAAUUUCAAGAUAUACUUGCAAAACCUUUUCGAAGUUCACUUUGGCGAAUUUUGAAGAAAUUUCAAGAUGAAAAUGGACAUAGAUUUAUACCUAUGUAUUUUGGAGAAGGAAACAAAAAGAAUGGUGCAACGCAGAAUAUAAAUGUUAAAUCAUCUGAACAUCCCAUCUCAAGUAGGAUUGGAGAAUCACUUUAUCAUCCCACUUUAAGACAACAUUUGUGUCCUCUGACAGGAGAUAAACCUGUACUCGGUCGAAUCGUAGCUGAUUCACCACUUGUCGUACGUUUUGACAUCUAUCCUGAUCCGCGAAUUUUAGGAAUAAUCUCGUCAGCGAGGUGCGAAGAAUUAUUGUUAUAUUACGAUUCAUACUUACAACCGUGGGCAGGAGCAAUCCCUUCUGUACAAGAAUUAUCAUUACCUGGAACACGUUGGACUUCAACAUUCCUGCUUUCAACUGUCUUAUAUCUUGCAUCAAGAUUUAGCAAUGCAAUCACAAAUUCUCAAGAAGAGCAACUUUUAGGAAUGCAUACACGUUCACUCGCAAUACGUGCAUUUGGAUGUGCAGAUCAAAGUUUAGAAACACUAACUGCUCUUCAUCUUCUUACCGUUUGGAAAGCUCUUGAUGAUGGUUAUUCUCAAUUGUAUGUAGGAUAUGCAGAUCAAAUUGCAAACAUAUCUAGAACAGGUGGAAGCAAUGGAAGCCCUUUAUCAGAAAAAGAAGCAAGAGAUAUAUUACGAAUUCAACUAUUUCAUUAUGUUCAAAGGAGUACAUUUCAAUUAUUUUACGUUCCUUUGAUAAAUGAAAUAAUGGAUCAAGAUGGUUUUAUUUUACCUUUUCCGAUUUCUUCAUCUCCUCCUCCGCCACUUCUAGCUUUAGAAAGAUUUGCAGCUGGAAGUGCGACUUCAUUAUCGGAUUGGCAACUUUGUGCGACAGUUGAAGGUCGUUCAAUUCAAAGUAAAUACAGAGACCUACUCGAAAAAUAUAAACCAGGUCGAUUUGGUAGAUCACGUAAUUUAUCGGGAGAACAAAUUGCACUUUUAGAGGCCUUUUUUUGCGAAAUGGAAGCAUGGGAAUAUCGUUGGCGCAGACGGCGAUCUAGAAUAAGUGAAUCGAAAAGAAGUUCAAGAACUCCUGUUCAAAGAGAAGAAGAUAGAACACAAGCAGAAUCGGAAGUGUAUCUAUCAGCAACUGAAAAUGAUCGAGGUUGGAUCAGAUUUGAAAUCCUGGGUAAUAGCAUUUGUUUACAUAUUUCUUCUCUCGCUUUUCGACAAUGCAUUGAAGUUUGGUUCGAAACAUUUCCUCAAACCAUCUUUCAAUCAAUCGAAAAAGCGUUGGCUGAAAUGAUUCAACGUACGUAUCAAGCAUGUAUUGAUAGCGCAAUUGGUCUGUUGGAAAAAAUUGUUUCGAUAAAUCCUCUUUCUCUUGUCCAUAUGCCGGAUACGGAUUUCAUAAUGCUCAAUUAUGCAGCAAUGUUUGUCGUUUAUUUGCUUUUAUUACCUUCAGAAAUAGAAGAUGAUAUUCAAGAACCAUCCUCAAGACAUUCAAUUUCAAAAGAGGAAUAUCUGAUAAACCUUCUCAGUGGAUAUACGAUAAAAUUUAAAGAAUAUCUGGAAUUAAUAAAAGUCGUAAAAGAUAGUGUUGAACGUGCUUCGCAAACUCGGCCGGAAUCUACUUGUUGCUUUUUAAGCUCCGAACAAUUUAAAAGCCUCGUUGCUUUAUUCGAAGCAACUAUUCAAGGUCCGACGCUGACAAAAGAGACAUGAGAAAAUGCCUAAAUACUUGAAAUUUUAUUUGUAAAUACUUUGUUUUGAAAAAAAGGCAGCCUGUCUGUCCUUAUCUUUGGAAAGACAUCUGCUUGAAUAAAUAUCAGAUGGCUUCUGCAAUGGCGCGUAACAAUUUUUUACAUAGGUUCUGUUUACAUACCUAUUGAAAAUCAAAUUCUAGACCUUUUGGCUGUCUCUUUUUUAAUCAACCGAAGCGAGUCUGGAGAAUUGGAACGCUUGAUUUAAGAUGUCUCAUCGGAUACAGUCG